AAGAGUAAAAGUAUAUGUUAUUGACAAAUUUUUACUUACAAUAACUGUCAAAAAGGUGUGCCGAGUGCCGACCGAUCCUGCAAAACAUAACCUUUAUAAUAAUAGGUAUCUUACUAGAGUGAAAAUUAUUUAAAGUUUUAUGGAACAAUAACAGGGCCCUCAUUUAUAAUGGGUUCUAACGAAGAGCAAUUAACUUUCCUAGACCUCCUUGAUGUGGACGAAGAACUAAUCGACACAAGAUUGAAAUCUAUAAUGGAAAGGAAUAGUUACACAGAAAAACACCUGAAAAAUGCACUGUUAUUACUCCAAUAUAAACAUUUGAUUAAUAAACGUGAAGAUUCUGAGUGUGAUAAUCAGGCAGAGUGUAAUUUUAUAGCAAAGCUAAUGUCGAAUAUUCAGGAAGAAAAUGUGAAUAUUGUUUCUGAUAUUAUUAAAGUCGUGCUAAGUUUAAAUGUAAGUACUAUUAUAAGUAAGUCAGAGCAUUUGAUACAGCAAAUCUUGUCUUCCAUAGAUUUGCCUCACAUAAAUGACAUAGAAAAAGAUUCCAUUACGAAAAUAUUGCUAGAGCUCAAAAUAUGCGACAGUAUUUUAGAUGCAGUGGUUGGCCAUGGCGGUAAGAUCACAUUGUAUUUCAUGGAAACUCCGUUAGUUAAUAUUUUAAGCUAUCCAGAUGAGAAACUAAAAGUGCAUUUCUUGACCCAUACAGUUCCUAAAUUUUAUGUUAGUGUUGUGGGUUACAAUAUUUUAGAUAGAAUAUGGGAUUACAUGAGAGAUCUAGAGAAUGAUCACAGAGAGAAAGCAUUGAGGAUAUUAUGCUGUCUUUCGCAAUAUUACUUACCUAUUAAUGAUGAUGAGUGCAAUGUUAAAACAUAUUCUGAAAUAAUUUAUAAGACUGAAUUUUGGAAAAUCAUUUUAUAUGGACUUAACUCUCAAGAUGCAUCUGUAAGAAAAACAGCUAUUUAUUUAGCAAAAAGAGCAAUAGACCAUGUUGGGGAGAUAAAAAAAGAUGUCACUGUAAAAGAAAAAGAUAAUAUAUUUAUGUGGCAACAAAAGAAUUCCCAAAAUUUGAAAUUGGAGUGGGAUAACUUUUUCAUACUUAUUGAAAGUCUAGAAGAGAAACAGAGCAACAUAGUCCUACCGUCUUUGCAGCUAUUUGAUUAUUUAAAUAAUUUUGAAAAAUGUUGGUUGAUGUGUGCUUUUAAUAUUGGACUUAAACAUGAUAAUGCACUUGUAAGACUAAAAUGUAUUGAAUACAGACUUAAUUUUUAUUUUGACAGCACAUCUGAAGUUGUUUCUGUUUUGGAAGCAUUUAAUGAUAUAAAUCUAUUGGAUAAUAAAAAAGAAACUGAGUUGCUAGAAGCCAAAAUAAACAGAGCUAUUAUAGAAAAAGAUUGUAUCUUAAAUAUAAUAAAAGCAAUUCCUGAAGUGAAGUGGUCACCUGUGCCUCUAUACAGCUUGAGUAAUGUAUUGUCAAAUUUAAAAGUAAACAAUUUGACUAUGAACAUAGAAGAUCAUGAAUUUGAAAGUUUAAUGAAAAGUAUAUUAAAAGUGCCAUGCAAUAAUAUAAUAAUUCGGAAAGCAAUACACCUAAACAUAUCAUUAUUUGUUGGCAAUUGCUGUAAGGGUUUCAAUUGGAAGACAUUUUUACACAUUUAUCCAUUUUUCCAAAAUAAAUUUGAUGAUGAAAAUCCAUUUAUAGAACUUAUUACAAAUAUCAAUUUUACAGAUGAAGAAGAAAGACAUUUUUUCAAAUUCAUGGCAGAGUCACAAUCAUAUGUAGAUUUUUGUCUAUUAUACCUCAAUAGUCAUGAAAACAUCAGCCUGUUUAUUGAUGUAGUUAAUGAAGUAUUAAAAAAGAUUAGACAUGUUGUAGACAGACAAUACUGCAACAAAUUGGAGUGCAUUAAAGAUGUUUCGUUCAUCAUGCAUUUGCUUGGAGAAACAAAUAAAAAUAAGACCAUAACAAAUAAAGUUUUGAAUGAAGUAAUUCAACGAGAUUUUAAAAUAUUGUGCCAAUAUAUUUUAUGUUUAUUUUCAAAUGAUGCAGCUGCUACUAUUGCUGAUAUGGAAUUAAUUUUUGCAGCAGAUAAUUUUUUAAUUAACCCUAAUGAUGAAUUAUGUGAAAUCUUUCUAGUAUUGUAUAAAACUUCAACCAUAUUUUUAAUGGAUAAAGAGGCUGAUAUAGAUAAAAGGGUACUGAGUAUGUUCAUCAUAAACAAUAUAAUUUGGAAUAACAGACAUGACUCUUUUAUGCACAAACAUGAUAAAUUAAACAUAGAGAAGGUCAUGAGUUGGUCAAAUGAGUUACCUACUCAAAAUAUAGAAAGUGUGGGUAGAGUAAAAAGUAAAUUUCAUGAAGAAAGUUGUAAAUUAAUUCACACUUUGCUAAAAGAGGAGGAAACUUUUAAAGAUGAGGAUUUAUUGAAUUUUGUUGAAAAGGUUUUAGAUUGUGGCGGAUAUGGUUGUUUAAAAUGGAUCCUGAAAAUCAUACAUAUAAUCCUAAGCAGGAUUCUCAGUAAUAAAAAAUUCAAUAUGCCACAAUUUUUAAAUAGAACAUGGCAAGAGAUUGAAGAGUUGAAAUCGAAUAAUCAAUAUACUAUUUGUAUUCAAGGAUUUGUGGAUAUUUUAACACAUGAUGUGGUUUUGGAAAGAGCUGAAUAUAAUAAUGUAGUUGUGUCAUAUUGUAGUAAGAUUAUUGAAUAUGCUGCAGUGAAGAACAUGCCUCUAUACUACUUAAUUACAAAGUUAAAUGAAAAGAAAUGUCUCAAGCCUCAUCUGAUAUGCAUUCUUUGUGAAAUUUUGCUGUAUUCUCCAGUACAAAGAAAAGAUCAAAGAAUAAUGGACAGCACAGAAAUACAUAUUUUGAACAAUGCUAAAUAUGGAUGGGAAACGCAAAUCAUAAACUCUCACUAUGAUUUCCAAAUACAAUACGUUUCCUUAGCGACUCUAAGCAAGAUUAAAGACACAGAGACACUAAAAAUUAUACUGCAAUUAAUAAAAACAAGAAUGGACAUUUUGUUCCGAAAUAAAGUGCGGUACCACGGGAACUCGCAAACACAUCGGACAUUUUUGGCUGCAUUACAACAUUUCCUGUUUGGUCUUUUAUUAAAUGUGGAAAGUCGAAGUCAGGACCUGUUUAUUUGGUGCGUGGAAAUGUUAGGAAAGCUCCCGCACCAGCCUAGCGUGAGGAUUUGCUUAGAGUGGUAUAUAACUCUGUACUUGUAUUUAGAGAAGCAAACCAUUAAUGAGAAGUUACUACAAACAUUAAAAGCGAAGAAUGUACCUCUGUCCUCACAAUUCAUCGUCAUUUACUGGUCACUGAAACAUAAAUUACUAAGAAAAGUAUACACUCCAAACGAAUUUGAUUUCGUUAUGGACACCCUACUGUCACAUACAAUGGGCCAAAUAUUCAACAUAAGAUUAUUAGCGCAAUAUUUAUCAAAUAAUCUAUAUGCAUUGAAUAAAAAUGGAUCAGCCAAAUAUGUUACCACCAUAGAAAUAAUAGGCAGAACAUUUGCCCAAAGCUGCAAAGACAAAAACUUCUGCAAACUCCAAAAUGACUACUUCGUUAAUAAUUUUAAUAUAGUCGGCAAUUUUACACCGUAUUUCAUUUACGAAAUGAUUUCGAAAUAUUCAGAAGUUGGUAAUAAUGAUGAAAGAGAUUUGCAUUACAUUAAAAAUGUUCUGAAAGAUAUUGACGAAGCAUUACGCGAAGUUAGUGAUUUUAAAGAAGAAUGGCUUGAGCUUAGAUUGAGUGAUGAUUGUUAUGAUGUUAAAGUCAGUGAGGUUGCAGAAAAAAAUCUGGAAGACGUGGAAACAGUUUGUACGAUUCAAAAGAAAUAUAUACCAUGGAGGAAUAUGAGUGAAGUCAACUGUUAUGAUGUUGGGAAGAAGAGAGAAAGUGGAAGUCAGUUAAUAGUAGUGGCAUCGCUGAUAGAUAAAUUGCCGAACUUGGGCGGUAUGGCGAGAACUUGCGAGGUUUUUGGUGUGAAGAAAUACAUCGUGGAUAGCUUGCGACAUUUGGCGGAUAAGCAGUUUCAAGGAUUAAGUGUGUCGGCCGAGAGAUGGGUGGACGUGGAAGAGGUGCGUCCAGGACGAGCCCUGAAGGAGUACCUGACGCGGAUGAAGGCCGAAGGAUACUCUGUGGUGGCCGCUGAGCAGACUUCAACCAGCUGUAAACUGCAGAGCUUUAGGUUUCCAAAGAAAACAUUGUUGUUGUUAGGACACGAGAAAGAAGGCGUGCCGUGCGACCUGUUGCCCAUGAUGGAUCAUUGCGUGGAGAUACCGCAGCAGGGCUUCGUGAGGUCUCUGAACGUACACGUCACAGCCGCCAUAUUUGUUUGGGAGUACGCGCGGCAGAAUAUACUGUGAUUUGUAUUUAAAUAUUGAUUACCUCUUACAAGUUAGAUCUUGAGUCACAGCUAAUAAUGGUACAGGAAUCUCAACCAUACAUGAAAUUACAUUUAGUUGAAUAUGUAUCAUUUAGGCCAUGAGAAACUGAGGGCCUGUCGUAUCAAGAUGUGCUCAAUAAGACUAUUAUAAUAUUAAGUUGGUGUCUAUGUAGUGUUUGUAAAUAAAUCGUUUUGUAACAUUUUC